GGUUAUGACCAAAGUGGUUUCAUUCAAUGAAAUAGCAUCUCCUUUAUGCACAUCUGUCUCACUGGGCGGUAUUUAAAAUGCAGAGACUCAGGCAAUUAUGAUUUACUGGCAAGCUACUCAGUCACUGCAGAGCGAGAGGAGAGGGGAAAAAAACUGUAUGAAAGUAUAGCUUGCUGUGGAUGUGUUUCUCAGCAGAGAAGGAAAUCCACCCAGGAGUUACAGGCUCUGCACUCAGAAACAUGGACUGGCCGCUCACUCUUAACCUGGGGAAUAACUUUGUGUUAAUGAAUCUGUAAAGAAGAUAUUCAAUAUUCCUGGCAAUGGGAAACCCUGAAAGAAAUAAUAGAUCGGCUCCGAUCUGUACCUUCUUCUGCUUCCUCUGAAGCAGAUUAAAAGAAAUAAUGUUGCACUGUGGGUGAUGUAAAAAUAACCACUGACAUGCCCAACAAAUAUGGUUACAAGCGAACCAGCAUCUUUAUGUCCUCGCUAAAGAUGAACAGACAGAACAGUACUGGGGAAAAAGUAAAGAAACCUAAAAACUUCCGGUCUAUAUCCAAGUCUCUUAUUCUCUGUAACUCCAAGAACAGUGACGACGGGUCCAGUCUGGAAGACAAGUAUUCGGAAAUCAAUGAAAGUAUACAAGAUAUUGAAUCAUGCCAAGCUAAUUCACUGCACAUAGAUGGCACGAUGCCUGAUGUCACAGGAAGAAUAAUAGCCCUGCCCAGCGACAAAUCACCUCUAAAGGAAACUGCUUUGAAUGCUUUUAUAGAAAGUCAAGCUAAACUGGAAAAUCACUGUAUGCUACAAAUGAAGGUUCCAUGCGUCAGGACACGUAGUAAUUCCACAAGUGUGAAUGUGAACCCGUACUGGAUUGGUGAAAUUGACCCGCCUGCAACUAAGAAACAAUCACUGUAUAGAGAGAGGUCAGCAAACCUGUGCAGCAGCAGGAAGUCUUUGUCUCAGCAAUUCGACUGUCCUUCAGGGGCAAUUCAGGGUGUUUCCCGUGCAUCAAGGUCACUGAGUUCGGCACAAUUAAUGAACAUGAGAAGCUCCUCACAUGCUUCUGUCAUUUCCAAUAUUAUCUUAAUGAAGGGCCAAGGCAAGGGACUGGGUUUCAGCAUUGUAGGAGGGAAGGACAGCAUCUACGGACCAGUGGGCAUCUAUGUGAAGACAAUAUUUCCGGAUGGAGCUGCUGCAGCUGACGGCAGGCUACAAGAAGGGGAUGAAAUUCUGGAACUUAAUGGAGAGUCAAUGUACGGCCUAACACAUAAUGAUGCUCUACAGAAAUUUAAGCAAGUGAAGAAAGGAGUGAUCACUCUCACAGUUCGAACAGGACUCAGCGCACCAGAUAUCAUCAAAUCCUGCAACUCUCAAAUGGUUCGCUCCAAAAGCUACAGCACUUGCACUGUGAGAGAGCAUAGCCCGCUGCAAUCAGAAAACUCAAAUCCAAAUGACAGGGUCAUCAUGGAGGUAUCAUUACAUAAAGAGUCAGGAGUCGGCCUGGGCAUUGGACUGUGCAGUGUUCCAAACUGUGGCAGCAUUUCUGGAAUAUUUAUUCAUACGCUUUCUCCAGGCUCAGUCGCCCACAUGGACGGGCGUCUAAGGAAAGGUGACGAAAUUGUGGAAAUAAGUGAACAUGUUGUCACAAACAAGUCUCUCAAUGAAGUGUAUGCAUUGCUAAGCCAUUGUCACCCUGGGCCAAUCAGUAUUCUGAUCAGCAGGCAUCCAGAUCCUCAGAUUUCUGAGCAGCAGUUGCAGCAAGCUAUGGCUGAAGCCGUGGAGCAAGACCGUCCUCAGUACAAUAUGGAAGGAGAUAAAAAAAUGUUGUCAUGCUCCCAUGGGAAAUACCAGUGUGACCACUGUAUAGAGAGGUAUGCUGCAUAUGCAUAUUGCAGCCGGAGGGAACAGAAAGCAAUGGUUCGCUCAAGCAGUGACAGCAAUUAUAACCCCGGAUCUACCAGUGCUGACACCUACCAGCUGUAUCAGCUAAACAACAGGGUACAUAGCCUGGAUGUGCCAGCGCCAACAGAGCCUGCUCAGCCACAUUAUUCUGUCCCUGUACACGUGGAAGACCAUGCACCCAUUAACAACGAACCUCAGGCCGCAUCUCAAGUUCUGUGUAAGAAAAUUAGUGGGCACUCGGGAGAGAUCAUAGUGAAGAAGCUACCAUCAAAACCAGCUCCACCACCAAGGAAAUACUACAAGCAAGAUACUAAGGAUGAUGAAGCAGGAAACCUGCUGCUCAAAGGAAAUCAGCAAAUGACAGCCCACAGAGUGUUAGAUACAACAGUAUCUUCUACUGAAUCCUCGCACUCAACGACUUGUGAUCGAAAGUCUCCGGACACAGGAAAUCCUAUUAUAUCACAUCACAAGCCAUUAUUGAGACGGCAGGCACGUGUUGACUACAGUCUUGAUACAACUGCAGAAGAUCCUUGGGUCAGGAUAUCUGAUUGUAUUAAAAAUUUAUUCAGUCCCAUAUUAUCUGAAGACCACAGCCUAAUGGAUCUGCAUGGAAGCAUUAGAACAGGAGUGGAUAGUUCAGCUGCUGCUCAAACAGAGCGUGGACAGCAACAAACUCAGGGUGGGGACUGUGGUUCACAGACGUGCAGAAAUGAAGAAGUAGGGAACUUGAAGAAAGCUCCUCCAGUGGCACCCAAGCCAGCUUGGUUUCGUCAGAGCUUAAGAGCGUCUAAGAAUGUAGAGAGAACAUCAGACAGCACUUCUCUUGUGAAACCCAGGGAAACUAGUAACAGUUUUAGACCUCAAAUUUCCAAUAGGGCAUCAUCAAUCAAACAGAGAAUAAGUUCAUUUGAAACUUUUAGUACACCACAGCCAGCAACAAAGGGGAGUGAUAGGCCCAGUGCUCGAAAUCUAGUCCCGCAUGAAAAGUCUCCUACCAAGGAACUAGAAGUAGAAUGUGUGACUGUUUCAUUCAAUAAGGUCACUGUUAACUCAGUUGAAAGUCAAAUUACAGAAAUUAGUGAUCCUGUGAUAGUUUCUCCUGUGGACAAGAAUGAAAAUCAAGAGUCACACUCUCAGCCAAAAUUGUUGAGUACAAGACGAACUAGCAGUACCGGUAAUGAACCAUAUCACCACUUUUCACAUACGGAGCUCACUGAGCCCUUACCGUUCAAGACUCCAAGCCAAAGAUCAAGGAGCUAUCCACUGACCUCCACACCAUCAAUCGACGACAGCCAGAUAUCAGAAAACUGCUGCAAAAUCUAUUCUAUAAGCAACCAGGUGUCUUCUGCCUUGAUGAAAUCCUUGCUGGCCUUCCCUCAAUCACCAAGUACACAGGGCAGUGAUAUAUGGCAAUUUGAGGCAACUGCUGAGGGAGAAAAUACAUCAUCUUCUUCAAAUGGAAAUCAACACUUGGACACAGGAUUUUCAGUGAACCUUUCGGAACUGAAGGGGUAUAGAGUGGGACAGCCAGAACCGGCGAAGGAGGAAAGUACACUUUCUCUGCCCUCUACCAGUGUGGGUGCAGGCCAGUCUGUCAUUUCUCUACUUCCGCUGGAAGAAUUGGCACAUCUAAUAGAGGAAGUCAAAGGACUGGAUGAGAAAACACUGAAGCAAUUUGAUGACAUCCAUGUGGUGGUUCUCCACAAAGAGGAAGGCACUGGUCUAGGCUUCAGUCUUGCUGGAGGACUUGAUCUGGAAAAUAAGGAAAUCACUGUACACAGAGUUUUCCCUGAUGGACUGACUGCUCAAGAAGGAACAAUACAAAAAGGAGACAAAGUUCUGUCUAUUAAUGGGAAGUCACUGAAAGGUGUCAGCCACACUGAUGCUACAGGAAUUCUGCGCCAGGCUCGUCACCCCAGGCAAACUGUCAUUGUAAUAAAGAAAGAUAAAGAUGGAGAACAAGCCAUGGACUCCACAGAGUGCUGUGCUGAUUCUGAUGACUCAACACAGUCUACUUCGGACAGUGCAGGAUCCACAAUGACAGUUACUCUCGAAAAGCAUUUGUCCGGUCUAGGAUUCAGUUUAGAUGGAGGAAAAGGAUCUGUGAAUGGAGACAAGCCUAUUGUCAUUAACAGGAUAUUUAAAGGUGUGUCAGACAAGAACGAUGCAGUCCAGCCAGGAGAUGAAUUACUGCAGUUAGGGAAUAUCAACCUACAAGGUCUUACUCGGUUCGAAGCUUGGACUGCCAUCAAGAUGCUGCCCAAUGGUCCAGUACUCGCUGUUAUUAGGCGGGCUCGCACCACUGACUCUAUCAGCAAUCAAUGAAUAUAGCUGCACAGUAAAGAAAACGUAUAGCCUAUUGCACAGCUGCAUUUAUCCUUGCCGAGGUGUUUACACAAACAAUGCAAAACUUACUGAAGGUGCAGAAAUGGAAAGAGAUUGACAGGGCAGAAUAAAGGGGUUUUCUGGGACCCAGAGGGCCCUCAACCCCACUGUAAUUACUCAUAUCUCACCUCAACAUCACGUCCGUUACUAGGUUCCACACAACUUCUAGAAGGUAAGUAUAUUACAAACUUUGGGUGCUUUCACGCGACCAGGUUUUUCACUCCGGACUCGGAUCGUAAGUAUAAGAUAGCACCUGUCCUGAACUCCUAGCACUGCCGGGGUCUCGGAGCGUGAGUAUAAGAUAGCACCUGUCCUGAACUACUGGCACUGCCGGGGUCUAGGAGCGUGAGUAUAAGAUAGCACUUGUCCUGAACUACUAGCACUGACGGGGUCUCGGAGUGUGAGUAUAAGAUAGCACCUGUCCUGAACUACUGGCACUGCUGGGGUCUCGGAGCGUGAGUAUAAGAUAGCACCUGUCCUGAACUACUGGCACUGCCGGGGUCUAGGAGCGUGAGUAUAAGAUAGCACUUGUCCUGAACUACUGGCACUGCCGGGGUCUAGGAGCGUGAGUAUAAGAUAGCACUUGUCCUGAACUACUAGCACUGACGGGGUCUCGGAGUGUGAGUAUAAGAUAGCACCUGUCCUGAACUACUGGCACUGCUGGGGUCUCGGAGCGUGAGUAUAAGAUAGCACCUGUCCUGAACUACUGGCACUGCCGGGGUCUAGGAGCGUGAGUAUAAGAUAGCACUUGUCCUGAACUACUGGCACUGCCGGGGUCUCGGAGCGUGAGUAUAAGAUAGCACCUGUUAUGAAAUACUGGCACUGCCGGGGUCUAGGAGCGUGAGUAUAAGAUAGCAC